GUGACUGCCAAGUGUCGCAAGAUGGAGGACAGCUUGUUUGGAAUGCAGGUGUGCAAACAGGUUGACAACAAUGAUGAUUUUUAAAUCCCCAUGGAAUAUAAAAUAUAACCACGGAUUUUCAGGGGAUAAGGAGAACCAACAGAAACAUUCCAACAGUUGUCAUACAUUCCUCAAUGCAAAUGCAAGACACUGCUGACCAUUGUAAAAAGGCCAGCAAAGAUGUCAGUGUGCAAAAGACAUUACUGUAAAUAGUAGCUUAGAAAAGACAAGUCCGGUUGGCUGAGGAGAAAGAAAAGCCAAUAUGGCCACGAGUGACGCAGAAAUGGAGAUGGAGCAGCUGCAGCUCCAGAUAGAGCAGCUGAAAAGUUUGGUGAGGGAGAGGGAUGAGGCACUCCAGAGCAAGGAGAAAGAACUUCAGGACACCAACUCCAAGAUGUCCAAGUUGAGGCUCCAGGCGAAGGCAAAGUCUGUCAAGAAGGAGAAGGCAGCACAGCAGGAGGCGAAGAAAGAGACAGAAGCUGUGGAAAAAACAGAGACCCCAGAGGAGGGAGCCACGGCCCAAGAGGAAGGCUCGUCGUCAGGCGGCGGUCAGGCCAGCCGUGCCAAAGCGGUGCUGUUAAAGCGGAAACUGGAGGAGAAGGAUCGACUGAUCGCGGAGAAGGAGGAGGUGAUCAAGGUCAGGGAGGGUCAGCUUGAGUCGAAAGAGCUGGUGCUGGCGGAGCGAGACAACCGCGUGCGCGAGCUGACGGAACAGUUGGAAGAGAAGACGGUGGAGAUGGAGAAACUUCAGUCAGUUGCUGGCGGUGGUGGGGCAGGCUUUGGGGAUGAACAGGGUCAGAUUCAAGAAAUGUAUGCACAAAUGGUGUAUAAAGAUAGAAGAGUGAUGGAGCUCAAUGCCAAAAUCUUGGAGCAAGACAAGAGAGUGAUGGAUUUACAGGAGUUUGCCGGGGAGAAAGAUCAAGUCAUUCGGGGACGUGAUAAAGUUGUUGAGGUUUUACAAAUUUCAAUAAAAGAGAAAGACCAAGCUAUCCAGGACCAGGGUCAGCUGAUCACCAAACUGACUGCUCGUGUGGAGUCGACCAAUGAGAAAGUGGAUGUUGUGACGGAGCAGCUUCGGCACAAGGAGCAGGAGCUCAAGUCGGAGACGGAUCGCUUCCACAUCAAGCUGACCGAGUCGCAGAAGUACUUUGAGGAAAUGCUGCAUGACAUGGAUGUUGAAACAAAGAAGCUGCGGGCUGUGAUAGAAGAGAAGGACCAGGAGCUGGUGACGCGGGAAAACGACCUGCGAGAGCUCAUCUCCAAGCAUGAGCGCGACAUCGAGACCAUCAUGAAGAAGGAGAACAUCGACCUGCAGGACCACGUCAUCCAGAUGCUGGAAGGGAAGCUGCGGGACUCCAACGAUGUGCUCGAUGGAAAGAUCAAAGUGAUCUCGGUGCUGCAAAAAGAGAGCGCGGACAAGGAGCGCGACCUGCUGGAGACCCGCGAGACGAUGCGACUGCUGAAGGAGAAGCUGCAGGUGACCUCGGAGCAGAUGAUGCUGCUGCAGGCCAACUUUGUGGACAUGGAGACCCAAUGGAAGGAAGAGAGGUCGCGGCUGGAGGGCCGGCUCAAGGACACAGUCGAGAAACACGAGACGGAGUUGUCGGAGAAGGAGGUCCAGGUGGCGACGCUGCAGUCAACCUUGCAGCAGUACGAGACGGCCUACAACCAGGCCUCGGCACAAUAUGGUCAGCUCCAGGAGCACUACAGGCAGGCCCUGGCCGGGAAUGUAGACUCGCAGCAGGCCGCGUCGGUGCUGGGUGCCAGCGGUAAGGACCAGAGUGCCGAGGUGGAGGCGUUGAAGCAUGAACUGUCGCAGUCGAAGCAGACGGUGGAGAAACUUAUUUCACAGGUCCAGGAGCUAGAAACUCAGCAGAAGUCAUCGCCGGAGGAAGCCAGCAGUGGUGGUAGCGGAGGCAGUAGUGGUGGUGGGGGGAAGAGCGACACCAAGCUGCUCAAGGUAAAGGCACAGAUGACCAGCAAGAUCAAGGCACUGGAGAAAGAGCUGCAGGAGCUGAGACAGUCAAGCCAGGAGUCUGAUGAAGUUGCAUCUCUGAAGAACCAGAUCACAGAACUGGAGGACGAGAAAGGCAACUUGCAGCUGAAGCUGGUGGACUUUGAUGAGCAGAAGGCCAUGUUAGGUGGGUGGAGAAAUUUGGUAAUGUUUUUUUUUCCUCAAACGCUUUUCUUUUUCACUACCAGUAGGUCAGACUUCUUUUCUUUACCUCUGUUGUUUCAGUCUGUCUGUCUUGUUUGCUUUUUCCAUGUGCGAAAUGACUCAUUUUGCAUUGUUGUGCCUCUGUUUACUCAAAUGCAGAAAAAAAAGACUUGUUAAGUCAGCAGGUUCUCUUACCUCAAGUGAAGAAAAAAGAAGAAAUGACUUGUGGUGUCAAAUACAGUAGAACUUGUCCUUGACAGCCAAUCAUUGCCCAGGAG